AUGGAUUCUACAACGGACAAGGAUUGGAAGAAGAACCUGGGUUUCCCGAUAAACUACAAUUCUGCGAGCUCAGACGAUGAAUUUGACAUCAAAGAUGUGGUGUUCAGAAACCCUCGUCACUCCUCGAAGUACCUCCUGGCGGACAGCGGGGAUGGCUCCGAAGCCGACCUGCUCGGCACCACGCCUCCUCGCUCCAGGAUUAGGGAUAAGGAGAGGGGAAGGAAAAACCACCUGGAUGCCACCCCGGGGUUCCAGCGUCUGCUCCGCGAGAGGAAGGACGUCGUGGACUACCCCACCUAUGACCAGACCUCUCCCAUGCCAGACCGUCCGAAGAAGCGCAGCAGCCUGAAGCUGCUGAGGUCGCGUGCGCGGGACAGCAAGCAGGACAUGAGCCACGACGUCAGGGCAGACUCGCUGCCCUCACCCAACCCCAUGCCUGCCGUGCCCACACUAUUGCACUCGCAGGUGGAAUCAUGCAGCCGGUUCAUGUCGCUGACGUCCCGGCCGAAGCACCGCGAGGUUGCUGGGCCGGAGCCCUCCCUGCCGGCCGACACGGAGGACAGGUGGCGGUGUGACGGCGACGAGGACCUGCCUCCCAGCCGCGUCAACUUCCACAAGACAUUCAGCCUGCUCAUCAACAUGGGCAACAUCGAGAAGGGCUGUAAGAGAGCCAUAAGUCGAGAGGAACAAGUAUGGCAGAACGAGCUGAAGGACCUGAUCUGGUUGGAGCUGCAAGCCAAGAUAUCUGGCAGGACCCUGGCGCAGCAGGACGCGUAUCUAUGCGCGCAGAGGAACGUCGUGCCCAAAAUUAUUAAUAAUAUUCUUGAAUAUAGGUUUAUAAACAAGAACCCGUGCCGAGCGAACAGCAAGCGCGCGCUGGACACUAUCAAGUCACAAGAGGAUCUCACUGCCGAGGAGAACUAUGAGGAGCCGAGCGAAGAGGAGGCCCAGUUCGGCUGCCUGUCGUUCUCGUGCGAGGCGUGCGCGGGCGCCAUCGGGCGCGCCAUGCGCGAGGUGGCCGGCCUGCUGGACUCCUUCUACGGGGCCGUGUCGCUGUACCCGUCCUCCAGGAACAUGACCACGGAGCAUCCGCUCGUCGCUACUCCACUGUUCCAGAAUAGGGUUAAGGCGAUGUGCCUGUGGUACAACACGGCGCUGCACAUGCGCCUGAAGCUGGUCGCCAUGCGCCGCAUGCUGCGCUCCAUCCGACUCAAGAGCCAGCGCAGGCAGGCGCAGCAACGGACCUCCGUCGACUCCAGCAUCAGCAGACAAUCGUCGGAGACUCGUCCAUGCCAGGUCCGCUUCAACGUGUGCAGUCCGUCGGCGCACCCGUCCGACUCCAGCAGCAGCGACGCCAGCGACCACUCCGCCGACGCCGCGCCCGGGGAGCCCGCGCAGCAAGGGGACGUCGACAAGGCUGGGGAUGAACUCGACAGCGCUGAGGAUUGCAAAAUAGAAUUACCAGACUGCAACGGACUAGGCACCCCGGACGUAGCCGGUCCCUAUCGCUGGGGGGACCCCCAAGCCUCCAACGAGAGCGGAUACAUGUCCAGUGAGGGACCCCCUGUCGCUAACGAUGCGUUCGAGAUUGGGGGUCUAGCUGAGUUGACACAGAUGAGACUGCUUGAGAAGUGCAAGGUUUCGCUUUACAGAGACUACCACCAGGAGAUCCUGAAGACACAAGGCGUGCGGCGGUGCAUGAUGUUCAUAUACAAGAUGCGACUCAACCUGCUCGACAAGGUCUACCUCACGCUCGAGAAACCAGACUCGACACAAUCAGACAGUUUCGUUGACGACGACACGGAGGAGGUGUUCGAGGAACCAAACACUGAGCGACCUGACGCCGCGCACGAUGAGGAUGAAAUGAAGACUUAUGAGCUACGGAGGUACGGCUGCUGGUCCCCGGAGUGCAUGUCGAUGCGGCUGCCGUCGUACCGCGCGCACUUCGUGCUGCUGUCGUGCAUGUGCAUGGAGGCCGUGCACGACUACCUCGCCUUCCGCCUCGAGGCGCGCCCCGACCACCCCUCCUGUCUCACCGUCAAACAGUUAAUCCACGAGAUUCGCGAGGGUCUAGACAUAGCGUCGGAGAUGCGCGCGGACUUCGCCCUCCACGUCCAGGCCGCGCUGGGGGGCCGCGCGCCCGGCCGGGCCGCCGACGACCUCAUACUACUUACUAAUACUUUUGAUUCUACUGUCGAGACGUUACUCAAGCAAUACCUGUCGUACCUGAGCACAGUGUCUGUGACGGAGCACAUGCCCCGCUCCCGGCUGCAGGCGGAGUGGGCGUUCACCGCCCAGCUCGCCAAGCGGAUCAAGUGCGCCGCUGUACUCGCGCCUGAGGCAUUCUCCGAAAUCACAUGCAAUCAGCUGGACAGACUACUGAAACAAUUUAAAGAGGAAUCCAUAAAUAGUAUCAAGAAUAAGAGCAAGGACAUCACUGAUCUAGACAACAGCCGGCACGCGAUAUACGAGGUAUGCCGCAGCGCGCAGCGCAUGUACGCGUCCUCGCGCGACGCCACGCUGCAGGCCGCGCAGUGGGCGCGCGCGCUGGCCGCCCGCCUGGCGCGCGCGCCGCCGCCCGCCUACCUGCUGCAGCGGGGACAUAUCUUUAACUCAAUAAUGGCUAUCCGUGACUUCAUAACGUCUCACAUCGAGUUCGUACUGGACAAGUCCCGAAUGGCUGCGAGCGAAGACUUGCCCCGCGACCUCACCGAGACCGUCGUCGUGCGCGUGCGCGAGCUACUGCUGCAGAUGUACAAACUCGGCUUCGAGCUGCACAAAGAGCUAUACAAGUUCGUGCACGCGGCGCGGCCCGAGGACGCGGCCCUGCGCCGCCUGCGGCCCGUGUCCCUGCAACCGGUCCGGUCCCCGGCCGUCGAGCGCCGCCGCCGGCCCGAGACCGUCAUCGUGCAUGAGUCCAUUAAUCCCCUGAUGCACAAGGAGCUGCACCGCCUGGUGUCGGAGGUGCCCCGGCCGGUGGCGCCGGCACCGCGGCGUCCCGCCCCGCCGCCGCCGACGCGACGCUCGCGGUUCAUGCGCUCUGAUAGUAUUGUGGAUGAAUACGAGAACAGUGUCUUUGAUGAGAGGCUCUUCGAUAAUAUUCAUAAUUUUGGAGAGAACCAGUGGCAGGGCAGCAUGGAGGCGCUGCUGCGCGGCGGCGGCGGCGCGGCGCCGGUGGCUGCGGCGGCGGCGGCGGGCCCCACGUGCGAGGAGCGCGCGUGGGCGGCGCGGGUGGCGCGCGCCAUCAUACACUUCGCGCGCUGCUGGAUGCACUUCGUCGUCGAGCGCUGCGACCGCGGCCGGGGGCUGCGGCCUAGGUGGGCGAGUCAAGGCUUAGAGUUCCUAAUGCUGGCUUGUGAUCCACGCAACACGAAACAUCUCAGUGAAGAAGAAUUUGAGGAGCUAAAGUCCUUGAUGGACGGCUGUAUCUCGCACGUGAUUGGCUCCCGGCCCGCGCCGCACCCGCCCGCGCACUCGCCCCGCCCACGGCCAAGGCUAGCGAGUCCAUUCCCCAGCAACAGUACGAGCAGUAGUACAAGCAAGGAGGCGGCCACACCCCCCACCCCGCCCCCCAUGGAACCAGACCUGCACAGCUACCCAGAGGCAGAAUCCAAAUCGCACCGUCGGCGCGUGCUGGCGGCGACGGAGCGCGUGGACACGGAGCGCGACGCGCGUCUGCGCGCCAACAAGAGCGUCGGACACGUGCUGGGCGCCGCGCUCACCAGCUACGAGCCCAAGCUGCGCCAGCUCACCUUCAAGUGGCAGCGCGGACUGAAGAUCGGCGCUGGCACCUUUGGGAAGGUGUACACGGUGGUGAACACGGAGAGCGGGCAGCUGCUGGCCAUGAAGGAGCUGUCGGUGGGCGCGGGCGACCGGCGCGCGCUGCAGCGGGCCGCCAACGAGCUGCGCGUGCUGGAGGGCGUGCUGCACCCGCAUCUCGUGCGCUACUACGGCUGCGAGCUGCAUCGGGAGGAGAUGUUGUUGUUCAUGGAGCUGUGCGUGGAGGGCUCCCUGGAGGCGCUGGUGGCCACGUCGGGCGCGCUGGCCGAGCACACGGUGCGCCGCUACACCAAGCAGCUGCUGUCCGCCGUCCGGGAGCUGCACGCCAGGAACAUCGCGCACAGGGACAUCAAGAGUGGAAACAUUUUCCUAACGAACGAGGGUCACUGCCUGAAGCUGGGAGACUUUGGAUGCGCAGUGAAGAUACGAGCCAAUACCACCGCGCCCGGGGAACUACAGGGCUUCGUCGGCACACAGGCGUACAUGGCCCCCGAGGUGUUCAUGAAGUCGUCAGGCCACGGCCGCGCCGCCGACAUCUGGUCGCUCGGCUGCGUCGUCACUGAGAUGGCGUCCGGCAAGCGUCCGUUCUCCCAGUACGACAGUAACUACCAGAUAAUGUUCCUGGUGGGGUCGGGCGGCCGGCCCGAGAUCCCCGACACCCUGUCGGACGAGGGACAAGAGUUCUGUCUGUCCUGCCUCACACACGACCCCGACCUCAGACCCAGGGCCGAGACACUUACGCUGCAUCACUUCCUUAUGGUAAAAUCCGAUGAAAAUGAAUGCAACUGUGAACCUGGAUUCCUUAUGACAUAA